GUAGGCAGGCAGACCGGAAGGAGACUCGAAGGCUAGGCGAGUCCCACUCUUGCUACGGUGGCCUGAAAGGAGUGGCGAAGGCGGUGCAAUAGAAUCUAUUGUUUCUGGGGCUCAGUCGUGAUGUCUUUCAAGAGGGAAGGGGACGACUGGAGUCAACUCAAUGUGCUCAAAAAGCGAAGGGUCGGGGACCUGCUGGCCAGUUAUAUCCCAGAGGAUGAGGCGCUGAUGCUACGGGACGGACGCUUUGCUUGUGCUAUCUGUCCCCACCGACCUGUUCUGGACACCCUGGCCAUGCUGACUGCCCACCGUGCAGGCAAGAAACAUCUGUCCAGCCUGCAGCUUUUUUAUGGCAAGAAGCAACCAGGAAAGGGAACAGAGCAGAAUCCAAGACAGCAGAGUGAACUGGAGAGGAAAGAGACCAAAGCGGAGGCUCCCCUGUUAACCCAGACCCGACUCAUCACCCAGAAUGCUCUGCACAGAGCCCCUCACUAUAACAGUUGCUGCCGCCGGAAGUACAGACUGAUUAUUCUCUACCCAGACCAGAAGCCCCUCGUCCCCCUGCCUCCCGUUCCCCUUUGCCACCGCCAGAGGUUGAACUCCACAGUAGGAAGAUCAGUAGGGACCCUGAGCCUGGGGCUGGCCCGCAGGCUGAGGAGUCAGCACCUGCCUCAUCUGCUGCACCUGUGAGCCCCACGAGGCGACGAGCCUUGGAUCGUUACCUCACCCUUCGGAGCUCUGGAUGGAUCCCGGACGGAAGAGGUCGGUGGGUAAAAGAUGAGAAUGUUGAGUUCGACUCUGAUGAGGAGGAACCUCCUGAUCCCCCCUUGGACUGACACCUUUUCCUCAUUUAAUCCACAAAUAAACGGCAGUGGGCGCUGGGAGCCUAACUUUGCUCGGGUCUGGUUCCUUGUCCCACUGCAGGAUUUCA